AUGGUGAAUGGUGGACCUUGUGGUUUCUUUUCAGUGGGUAUAGGAUUGAGACAGGGAGAUCCUUUAUCUCCUAUUCUUUUUGUGUUAAUGGAAGAAGCAUUAAGUAGAAGACUAACUCAAAUGGUGCAAGAAGGCUUAAUUUGUCUAAUGGUUGAAAGAAAAGGUAUACAUCCAACUCAUUUAUUCUUUGCAAAUGAUGUGUUUAUUUUCAUCAAUGGAGCUAAGAAAAGUAUUUUAAAUCUCAUGAAACUUCUUGAAGAAUAUCAAAAAAGCUCAGGUCAAAUUAUAAAUAAGAGUAAAAGCAAGAUGUUCAUUAAUAACACUUCAGAUUUGAGAAAAAAUCAGAUUAAAGAUAUAAUUCAAAUGGAAAGGAGUGUAUUCCCUGACAAGUAUCUUGGAGUUAUUCUCACAACUGGCAGAGUAAAAGUCUCCACUGUAUGGCCUAUGGUACAAAUGAUGCAAAGAAAGCUAGCUACUUGGAAGGGUAAGUUAUUGUCUUUUCAAGAAAGAUUAGUGUUGAUUAAGUCAGUUCUUAGUAGUAUCCCGGUUUACAAUAUGGAAAUUUAUAAAUGGCCUGCAUCUGUCAUAAAAAAUUGUGAAAGGAUCAUGAGAAACUUUCUCUGGUCAGGAGAUGGAGAUACAAGACAGUACAAUAAGUUUUCUUGGAAAAAAGUGUGUACACCCUUUAGUGAAGGUGGAUUAGGCAUUUCAAGACUUGCAGUUAUUAACAAAGCUUUUCUUAUGAAGAUGAUGUGA